GGAACCCUUAGUGUGUACAAUCAGCUGCUUUAUUAGAAAGCAAAUCGACAAUGCAAAAUCUCUCCAGGGCAAAAUGUCACUAAAUAUUUUAAUAUAUUUGUCUGAUGUUGCAGUAACAGUUGGUCAAACAGAUAAUUAAAUUUUCUGGUUGAACGAAGUGGAAAUGCACACAUUGGUUGCCAGAAUGUAGGCCUUCUUUAAUUUCAACCUAUUCUCACUGUUGUAAAAUCUGAUUGUGAAAUGAUAACAACCUACAGUAAGCUAUGAAUAUCUAGAAAACAGAGAACAAGUGUACAGAAGUGUUUUUGCAAGUCAAGGCCUCCUAAAUUUAAACCAGAGGAAGUUUCAUAAUCCACUACUCUGAUUUUCCAUGUUCACUGCAAAAGCGUCUUUUGUGUGCACACUUCUGUGCUUAAUUGUUUUGGGAACAGUGGUUUGUAAUGAACAGGACCACUUCACAACCUCUUUGGACAGAGAUGGCUACCACUAGUCAUCUUUACCUGAAUGGACGUGCAUUCUCCACUUUGCAUGGACCAGUUACUGAUGAAGCAAACACCACUCCCUUAUACAACUAUGAUGACUACUACAGUGACGUUCUUGAUCCAUCUGUAAUUGCCUGUGAUUAUGGAGGUCAUGCAUCCAACAUCCUACCUGUGUUAUACUCUCUGUUCUUCGUGUUGGGCCUGCUGGGUAACAUGCUGAUGUUAUGGGUGAUGUUGAAGGGUGUGAAGCUGAAAAGCAUGACUGACAUCUGUCUCCUGAACCUGGCUUUAGCUGAUCUGCUGCUGAUCUCCUCUCUCCCAUUCCUGGCUCACUAUGCCAGAGAUCAGUGGGUCUUUGGAGGCCCCAUGUGCACCAUGGUUUUAGGCGUCUAUCACAUUGGAUUCUACAGUGGGAUUUUCUUCAUUGUACUGAUGAGUGUUGACAGAUAUUUAGCUGUGGUUCAUUCUGUGUUUGCUUUGAAAGACAAUACAAAGACACUUGGGAUUAUAGCCAGUGUGAUCAUCUGGAUCAUUGCUGUUGCAGCAUCGUUUCCAGAGCUUAUGUACCUGAAAACCAAUGAACACAAUAAUAAAAUAUACUGUCAGUCUUAUCCAACAGAUGAUCAGAAAUCUCACCAUUAUGCAAAGACGGUUGGUAUUAUUAAAAUGAAUGUUUUAGGAUUAAUUAUUCCACUGUGUGUAAUUGGAUUUUGUUACUCAAUGAUUCUUCACAGACUCUUAACAGUUAGUUCUUCCAGGAAACAGGCCGUAAGACUUGUCAUUGUAGUGAUGGUUGUCUUCUUCUGCUGUUGGGCUCCAUACAAUAUUGCAGCUUUUGUGAAAGCAUUGGAGAUGAAUGAACUCAUAAAGACAUCCUGUGAAAAAAGCAAAGCAAUCACUCUUAGUCUUCAGAUCACAGAAGCUCUGGCUUACUCACACAGCGGCUUGAAUCCCAUUCUCUAUGUGUUUGUAGGAGAGAAAUAUAGGAGUUACCUUUUAAGACUCCUAAACAAAACACCCAUCAGCAGAUUACAGUUCAUCAAGAGUUGCCUUACACAGGUUUCAGGAUCUGUUUAUUCACAGACUUCCAGUGUGGAUGUGAGACAUACAGCAGUGUGAUUGAAAUCGAGAUCCCAAAAUACCAUUACAAGGGCACCUGUUUGACAGUUGGGGGGUGUUUGAAGGAUAUUUUCCUUUCCUUUUGUGAGUUAUUUUACUGUGGCAUCUAGUAAGUGAAUGUUUAUGGUAGUUCUGGUCACCAUGGAGUAACAUGGGCAGUCAAGAUCAAUGAUCAAUAACACUUUAACUUAGAUCAGAGGUAAAAUAGCAGCGAUUGUGAUUGGGUCUCACUGUAAAAAAAAUCACUAAAAAGUGUUUAUACUGCACUGUGCAAAACUAAUGCAAUAUUAAAGGAACUGCAUAUAAAGGCAGAGGAAAUCCUUAUUCUACACUGU